UGUUCUUUGUAAACUAACCUCAACCCCUUUCUCUUUGGGGAGGUUUUCGUGGUUCUCCACCUCUAACUUCUCACUUUUUCUCUUUCCCUUCUUGGCCUAAUUUUUCUUCUUCAACUCUCUUUGUACCAUCUCAUUUGCCACCUAUCUUACCUUCUUUCUCUUUCUCCUUUUUUUCCCUUUUCAUUUCUCAUAUUUUCUAAUUGAUCCAUCACCUCUCUAGACCUUUCUUCUUCAUUCAAACUAUAUUGUUUUUGCAUGGUUGCUUUUUUAGUUAUAACAUGUUUAUUAUACCUACAAUGCUUCAACAAAGAUAAUGAUGGCCAAUGCAGCAGCAAGUUGAGAAGAAUUAACAGCUUUUAUAUAAAAAGGCAAAGGAAUUGGUUCUUCACAUUUGUGUGGUGCUUCUAUCUGUGUUCUGUUUCAUAUCUGAGCAGAGGGUUAUUGUUGCCUUGGAGUUUUGCUCACUCUUCUAUGGGAACCAAAAUGAAGGGGAUCUACAAAUAUAUCUCUAAUAUUUUUGUUGUGAAGGAGAGGGAGAUAGAGAUAGGAUAUCCAACUGAUGUAAAGCAUGUGGCACAUAUUGGUUGGGAUGGACAAUCAGGCAAUGCCCCCAGUUGGAUGACUGAAUUCAAGACUGGGCCUGAUUUUGCAGCAACUUCUAUUGGUAAUUCUGGUUCUGCACAUUCUCCAUGGGCAUCUCAAGAUUACACAGAGUCAAUGAGACAGCAACCAGCAUCUGAGCUUUACAGGGACGUAGCACCUCCUAAGAAACAGAAGCGGAGGAAGGCCAAGUCAACAUCCUCUCCCAGGUCAGGUUCAUCAUCCUCAUCAAGGUCAUCACGAGUGGAGAAAUCCAAGGCUAAAUUCGUCGAAGGCAAUGCUAAACCAGUGAACAUAGAAGUGGCUUAAUUUUACAAACUUGUAGCUCAAAAUUGCAGAGAAAAUUCUGUCAUUGCCUAGCUAUUGAAGUUGUUUAUAGUCCUCAUGAAAGGAUUGAAGAGAAAGGCGAGGAGGGUAUAGAAACUUGCGUAGAUGUAGAGAUUGUCACACUGAAAAUGUUAUUAAGAAUUACGGAAGAAAACUAAAAAGUAGGAGGGCAUAGAGAUGUGAAACAGAAGGUGAAAAAUCUAACUCCUAAAACCAGGAUAAUGUUUUGGGAGAAUUAUAAAUUCUUUUUCCUCUUUUUUUUUUCAAUUUAUUUUUCUACUAGUUUUAUCUUUCCUCUUCUUGGAACUAAGACGAGGAAGGAUCGUGUAAAGAGUUGAAUCAUUUAGCCUGUUGGUUGAAGAUUGUGCUAAUGCUAAUUAUUUGAUUUGAACAAA